AUGGUUAACUCUAACUCUAAGACUAUUAUAUGUGCUUUGGCUCUCUUAGCCCUCGCUGCUUCUACCUCCACCUUUAGUAAUCGUUUCUCGAUCAACCAAGUUCCUAUUAAUAUUUCUCGUGUCCACCCAGCCGCUAUAUACGCCAGGGCUCAUACUAAAUAUGGUGUUCAUAUUCCUGAUUAUAUCACCUUAGCUGCUAGGUCUGGUAACCCUGAUGUGGCUGACUCUGUUUUCGCUAAUCCCUAUCUUACUGAUGUUACAUACCUUUCUCCCAUUAAAGUUGGUAAUGACGAGUUAUUGGUUAGCUUUGAUACUGGUUCUUCUGACUUCUGGGUUAAGACUAGUGCCACCCCUUAUGCUGGAUCUCGUGUCUAUAAUCCUAGCACUGGUAUAUUGCUGCCAAAUUAUUACUGGCAUGUUACAUAUGCUGAUGGCACCGCCGUUGGAGGCACGGUAUAUAAAGAUGAAGUUAUGGUCGGCAAUAUUAGGUGCUCUAACCAGGCUAUUGAGAUAGCUGACUCUCUUAUUGCAUCAGAGAUGGUUACAAAGUAUGUAACAGAUGGUAUAAUGGGAUUUGGCUUCCUUGAGUUGAAUAAGGUACAACCUAUACCACAGCUUACUUUUUUUGAAAAUGUUAAGGCGACCCUUGAUAUACCAGUCUUCGCAGCUUAUCUCAGGCAUCUAACCCCUGGUAGCUUCGAUUUUGGCUACAUUGACCCCCACAAAUACACUGGGCAGAUCAGCUAUAUAGGUGUUGAUCGUAGUCAAGGAUUCUGGAAUAUUUCCUUGGAUGGAUUCUCUGUUGGUUCUGUUUAUUCUGUUUUUUAUCCCUUCUAUGUUAUACUUGAUACUUGUACUUCUCUUCUCCUCCUUGAGGACUAUAUUAUUGGCAGGUACUACACCCAUAUUACCACAGCUUAUUAUGCUUAUGAGCAUGGUGGAUGGGUCUUUGAUUGCAGGGAAGAUAUUCCUUCCUUCAGUCUUAAGGUUGGUGCAUAUGAGGCUGUCGUUCCGCCUGAAUACAUCAGGUAUACUCACCUUGGUGGUAACGUUUGCUUUGGUGGUAUCCAGCGCAGCCUACACCCGGGCUACAAUAUUCUCGGUACUACAUUCCUUAAGACCCAGUUCGGGCAGUCAAGCCCUCACCGAGAACGUGCGAGACGUGAAGAUAUUCCCGAGUAUCGGACAGGCGCUGAGCAUGACACCUAA